AUGCAAAGAGAAAGUUCAGCGCCAACUUUACCAAUGAUUCAUCAAUUCUAUAUUGGUACAGAUGACAAUCGUAUAAUUACACAGAAUAUUUACAAUUCUACAAAUCUACCCAUAAAUAUUACUGAUAAUAUUAAUAAAGAUAUAAAGCAUGUUAGUACAGUGUCUGAUGAACCAGUGAAACCUAUUCACAUUCAUUAUUGUAAAGAAAAACCGUCAAGAUUACAUUCACAACCAAUUGUUACAGAUUUACAUGCAUUGGCAACAACAACAACAACACCACCGUCACCACCAUCACCACCACAACCGCAACCACCACCGCCGCCGACAACAACAACAACAGAACAUGCAUCAGCAGCGGCAUCAUGUGAUAAAGAGAUUCCUCUGACUGCAUCGAAUCAAUCAUAUUUACCUGGUCAGAUGAAUCGAUUGUCUAGAAAUAUUGAUGAAAAUAUCCCUCUACCAAAUGAUGAUGAUGAUGAUAAUGAUGGAAAUAUUCAAUGUCAUAUUGUUGAAAAAGAACCAUAUAGUAUCACUGAAGAUUUUUUACGAGAACCAAUUCCAAACGGUGGUUGGGGUUGGCUUGUUGCACUUGGAAGCUUUUUAUGCAUUUUUACUGUGGAUGGUGUAUGCUUCUCGUAUGGUUUGCAUAUAAAUGAAAUGAUUAAAGAAGGUCAAUUCAGUGGAAAUCCUCCUCUUCCUCUUCCUCCUCCUGCCUAUCGUGUAAAUGAUACCACUAGUCAAAUAUCUUUAGCUAUGUUAAGCUUACCAGGAGCACUAUUAUGCGGGGUAUACUUUUUAUUCGGUCCUCUUACCGGUGCAUUGGUAAAUCGAUUCGACUAUCGUAUAGUUGCCUCAGUUGGUUCAAUAAUCACCACAUUGUGCUUUCUAAUAUGUGCUUUAUUCAUACAUGAUAUAUUCACAUUCAACAUUGUCUUUGGUAUAAUUGGAGGCAUUGGUUGUAGUUUAAUCUACUUACCAGCUAUUACAGUCAUUGGACAUUGGUUUGAAGAACAUCGUGCUUUUAUUGUUGGCAUGGUAAUGUGUGGUGGAUGUUUAGGCUUUGGUUUACUAUCCAUCAUUACACCGUAUUUAGCUGAACAUUUCACUUGGCGUGGUUGUCUUAUUCUACUUGCGGGAUUAUUUAGUCAAACAUUAGUUGGCAUUGCAUUAUUUCGUCCAGUCAGUGUACAUGAAAAAAUUAAAUUGGUAAAAUUAUUAAAACAAUCAGAAAUAAAGAAAAAGGUGAAUUUAGUGAAGAAGUCAAAAUGUAAAAAGCAUAAAUCCCUUACAACAUCAUUUGGUAUGAAAUCAGCAAAAGUUGGUGGACGUCCAGAUAAAAAAAUUGCCAUUCAACGUGGUUCUAUAAUGGCACGAAUCAUUGAAGAGAAAUCACGUCAACGUACCACAUCAACUGGUAGUCUUGAUGGGAUGGUGAUAACACGUGAGAAUCAGCUAGUCGCUUUAUCAUCAUCUGAUGCCUAUGAAGUUGUUAUGGCUGCAGCUGCUGUGUAUAGUGCAACGACUGCUGCUCAUACUACCACCGCCGGUAUGCUGAAUACACAACGCGAUGAAGGAGAAGACGAAGAAGGGCGACAUCAAGGUAAACAAUCUGGAGAAGCAGUCGAAGAUGACACUGAAACUAGAGGAAAGCUAGAAGAUGAAGAAGAGAUGAACACCAGUCAACCAUUAACAACGACACAGAAUCAGAGUCAAGGGGAUCAUGGGUCAUUAUCGUUGCAUUCAUCCUCUUCAGGACAAUUAAAGUACAUUAGCAAUAAUAAUAAUAAUCGUAAAAAUCUACAAACAUUAACAGAAGGAUUUCCAAUGUCAUCAUUUGAAGAAGCCACAUGUGAAUUUCAUAGAAAUUCACAACCGGCAUGCGUUGCAGUGCUUCCACCCCCGGUACAAUUUAGUCGUUCUGCUGUUCGACGGAUAGCACGUGCUAUACUCCGUAAACUACAUGGACAAAACAAGCUGCCAUUUUCUCCGUCCACUACAUCAAUAUCAACUAGUUCAAGACAAGUGAUAACAACAACAUCGAAUCGUAAUAGUUCUACGACAACUGGAAUUGGUGGUGGCGUUGGCGGUGGCGGUGGCAGUGCUGGUGGUGAUAGUCGUGUUGAAUCUUGUACAAAUUUUAAUAAUAUCCCGUAUACAGAUAGUUCAAAAAAUAUACAAUAUGAUAAAUUGAAUCAGGUAUAUCGUUAUGAGUUGUUACAUGGUUCAUUGGCAACAAAUAUUUCCCGUCGAAAACGCAGUCUACUCAUUUCAUCAUUGUAUAGUGAACUGUCGUCAAGUAUUCGAGAUAAUGAAACGUUGACUGACCUACAACAACAGUUGCAACAACAACAGAACCAGCAACAACAACAACGAAUACAACCACGUCAUUUAUCAAUUACAGUGAAUCGUUCCAUUUCACCACAAGACUCACAAAGCCGAUUGAAACCGCCGACUUCAGAUUCUCCGUCUGCCUUGACCUCAUUAAUCAGUUUAGAUUCGUAUACAAGUCAAAUUAUCGCACGUGAAUUGAAUAGUCUGCUGUUGGAUAAAGACACAAAAUUAGCUAUUAUGCAUGACAUACAACGUGAAUUAAGUCGACCAAAAUAUCGUCCAGACUUUUUCUAUGCCGGGAAUAAACACAAACUGCCAUUGUGUCAUGUGCCUGAAUAUACAGCCUGUAAACAAUUUCCAUGUGAUACAAAUCAUGCCUUACUGAAAGAUUUGAAAUAUAAUCAAAUUCGAUUGGCUCAGUCCACAUCUAAACGUUAUCCAAUUUUACUACAAGAAGGACUUGUUGGUGGUGGUGGUGGUGCUGUUAGUGGCGGUUCCUUGUCUAUCGAUGACAGCAGUGGGGGUUGUGGUGGUGGUGAUGGGGUGAUUGGUUAUUCUGUUAUGAAUAAAUCUGUUAAAAUUAUGGAUCACCAUCACCACCACCCCCAUCAUCAUCGUCGUCAUCAUCUACUCAAUAGGCAUCAUCAUCAGCACCAGCAGCAGCAUGGGACUAUGAAGCAUUUGACAGAUGUAAAGAAUUUAAUCGAUGCGCCAAGAACCAAUGAAUUACUGGCUUAUUUAAUCGAUAUGCUAGAUUGUCGAAUAUUAAAAAGUUUCACAUUCAUUCUAUUGUCAAUUGCUUGUUUUGUAAAUAUGUUUGUGCUUUUAGUUCCAUUUUAUUAUUUGCCUAUAUUAUUGGCUUAUGGUGGUGUUGAAUGUCAUAUCAAUUCAGUAUGGUGUCCAACCGGAUUAACAGACGGCAAUAUUACUCAUCGCAAUCGUGUAGAUAAUACAAUGAAUAAUAGCCUUCUUCAUCAACUUCUCGAGUAUAUUAAUACUUUUGACAAGAAUUAUUCAUUUGUCAGUACGGAAUUAUUAUUAUUUACAAUUAGUUGUGCUAGUAUAUUGGGUCGUUUAUUUGCAGGAUUGUAUAUUGAGAAAGGAUUGAACACAAAUCGAAAAUUAUUACGUCAAUGUCCGCGAUUAGUAGAUCCUAUGCUUUUGAACAAUGUUGCAUUAAUCCUGUGUGGGCUAUCAGUCAUUGCCUUCCCGUUAGCUAUUCAUGGUAUUGUACAAACGCCACCUUCAGAAAGAUUCCCAUCAGCAUCACCAUCAUCAUCGCCAUCAUCGUCAUCUCAUCGUGCAUUGCAAAUUUGGACUUUAAAAUUUCGACGUCAAUUAUUAUAUUUUGGUGGUAUUCUUUACGGUUUAGCUACUGCUAUGUCUAUUUCCCUCAGAAGUGUCCUACUUGUCGAGUUAUUUGGUCUACGUCGACUGACAAAUGCAUUUGGUUAUCUACUUAUCUUUCAAGGUCUUGGUGUCAUUUGUGGACCUCCAUUAUUCGGGGUAGUAGAAUUGUCCAGAUAUCGGGGACAGGUGAUGAAUCAUUCCUAAUACAUGUGUUUGCAGUUGAAUGGAUAUACAAAGCUUCUGUUAUCCAUCUCUCCCUCCAAUCUGUGACAUUAGAUUUUAAAACUGUCAUCCUAUCCCAUCCUAUUGUAUGGUUGUGUGUAAUUGCAUGUAGAUUUUUCAUUGAUCAAGCUUGUCGUAGAUGUUUUGAAACCUCAUCAUCUUCCUCCUCCUCUGUGGUCCUCUCUUCACCUGCCUUCACACCUGACGUUUCCCCGGCGUUAGCAUUUCAUAAAGAUUGUACAAUGCGUAUCAUUCUAGCCUUUUAUAUCUGUGCAGUAUUAUUUAUUUUAUCAAGUUUACUAUUUAUGCCGUUACGUUGGUUGGCUAGACAUGAUCCAUAUCGUGAAGUCUACUGUGGGGGGCUACCAUCAUCUGUAUUCGUUGUAGGCGGUGAUUCAUGUCAUCCAGACGAUGGUGAUGAAUUAUUCUCAUUUUGUUCAUAUGGUUCAGGUCAACCGGAUGAAGUUUAUGAUCCACAAGAAACACAAACAACACAUAUACUGUGUGAUGAAAAUGAAACGACUGUGAAAAUUCGUUAAUCACAACAAAAAAAAUAGAAAUCGAUAACCAAUCGAAAAAAUGAAAGUUAUUCAACACAUACACAUACACUGAAAAUGACCAAAGAGAAGGAGAAAACCAAAAACCGCUUAAGGAACACUUACCCCCUGUAUCUGUAUAGAGUCUACUUUCCUAUGUAUAUUUGUAAAGGCAAUUUAUACCCCUAUACAAUCUUAUACUUACUCACUUUACUUACUUACUUACUGUUAUAAGUACUAUGUUAUGCCUUUCAUCGCCAUUGUCAUUGCUCAGAGUAUAACUGGAGUCUCGAGGGCGGCGGGAGGAGGUAAAUUCGAGUGAUUAUCAUUUCCUUUUCUCAUUCAUUCUUCAUUAAAUGUUUAAUUAACCUUCUACGACAUACAUGAAUACGUACAUACAUAGAUGUACCCAUAUGACGUAAUUAUCUUCAUGAAUAUAUAUAUAUAUACACACAUAUGAUCGUCGUUCGUAUUGAUUUCUUAUGUCAUAAUCCUCUUUCGCUUGUGUUACGCGCAAUAGAUGCUUACUUAUUUACACAUUUAUUGAUAAGUUCUCCUUCUUCUUCUGUUUUUCUGCUGGUAUUUAUACAAGUGAAAGCAAGCGAACAGAGGCAAUAAUUAUUGAGUACACAUCUUAUUUAUCUAUUAUGCAAUCACGAACUCAUCGGUGGAACAAACAUCUUUGCUUAUUUUUUGGUGAUUUCAUCUUCAAAGGGUAGUUCUGUACACGUCCCCUUCGCAUUUUUGCUUGAUACACACAGUUCAAACAGUUUUACUGACUUGUAUGUUGGUGGGUCGGUGGCAUUCGGGGGUAGAAUGCUCGCUAACCACGCCAACCUCAUGCGGUCCGAGGUUCGAUCCCGGUCACAGAUGCACUCCUCCUCCUUUAACCUCGUACUAAAUAGGGAAUGUUGGUUGGACAUGAGGCUGGCUAGCAAUGCACUACACCCAAGGGAAACUUCAGGGCGCUCUCUAGCCUGAAGGCACCCUAUGUGUGUGUUCCACUACAGGGGGGAACGUCGAGGAAUAUAGAACAGACGACUGACUCCUAUCUUCGUUUGUUUUUUCAAUUCUCAUCAUUUUGUUUUUUUAUCUCUUCAAUUGUUUAAAAAAAGUGAACAACUGUCAAUUCGAUGCGUACCUUUGCUCAUUCUGUUCACGUAUGUCUUCUUUGUUAGAAAAGAGAAACAAAGUGUGUAGUGUAUUACAUUGUGUUAUUACGUAACUAUUUUGGUCCUCAAUCUCCCCUCACUCCUCUUUGUCCAUCUGUUCUUUCUUUUCUUUUCUGACUACUUUCUACAAAGAAGAUGUGAAUAGUCACCAUCUCAAAGCAGCAGUAGGAGACAGACGUUCAGUUUACAUCUUGGUUUCUCCCUUCCCCCCAAAAUUAAUUCUUCUUUGUUUCUGUGUUUUGCCAUAUGUUUAUUUUUCCUUUCCUUCUUUGCUUUGCUUUUCAAACUUUGUUUUCUCUUCAUCGAAUGUAAACAACAACAACAACAAAAUGUCCCUUAUCUAGUCUUAUACCGUGUCUUUAUGCCAUCUUGUGUUCACAAAGAGUUAUAAUAUUUGUCGUAAUUUAAUAAUGAAA